AUGUCGAACACGACGAGAGGGAAGGUGAAUAAGGUCGCCGGGCUCGCGGCGAGGUGCGCGACGCGUCCGCUCCCGCGUCGGUCUCUCUCCCGCGCGCGCGAAAUUAAUUCCUUCCUCCACGUCGUUCGCGUCGCCGUCGCGUCGCUCUCCCGCUCCCCGCCCCCGCCGUUCCUCCUCCCGACCCCGCCCCCUUCAUCCGCCUCUCCAUCCGCCGCCGUUUGCAGGCUCGCGCGGAUGACCGCGGCGCCGCCGCCGGCGCCGACGCACGUCCGCGAGGACCCGCGCUUCGCCGAGCCUCGGCCCCAGCAUCAUCCGCGUCGCGUCGCCGCGACGCCGACGACGCCGUCGACGCGUCCGACGACGACGACCCCGCUUGACGCCGACGUCCCGCCCGCGCCGUCCUCGAGCGGAUCGCCGACGGACGGCGUCGGCGUCGGCGUCGGCGCGCGCGCGAACGGGAAGGCGGCGGCGGCGGCGGCGGCGGCGACGACGACGACGACGAGAGAAGCGGAGGACGACGCGACCGUCCCCUCCUCGGACGCGGACGCGGCGGAAGACCCGCCCGACCCGGCGGCGACGAUCGCGGACCUGCGGCGAAAGCUCCUCGCCGCGUCGAACGUCCGCGCGGCGAUGGAAGCCGCGCUGGACGAAUCCGAGGCGAGGACGCGCGAGGCGCGCGCGUCCGAAGCUGCGGAAACCGCCGCGAGACUCGCAGCCGCGGAGGCGCGAUGCGAGGACGUCCUCCUCGCGGCGAACCGCGCGGUCGACGCCGCGCGAAAUCGGCAGACCGCCGCGGAGCGCAGAGCGAACGAGAUGGAGAAGGCGCUGGAGGCGUGCGCGCUCGUCGGGGACCGACGCUGCGAGGCGUCGCUGAAGGCGGCGUGGCUGUCGCACUACUGGCGGCUCGCGUCCGAGCUCGGCGUUAUGCCGAGCGACGUGGCGUCGCGGGAGAUGGCGCGGUGGGGCGCGCGCGCGCCGAAGCGCGGCGACGACGCGCUGCACGAGGCGGUGGAGCGCGCGGCACGGGCGGGCGGCGACGGGGGGAUGGGCGGCGGCGCGCCAGCUGGCGCUUCGCGGCGCGUCGAUAAUAACUCAUUCGGCCCUCCGCCGUCGCAUCACAAGGGCCGAUCCCCGAAGCUCGUCUCCGACGCGCUCGAGAUCGAGACCGCGCUUCGAACGAUGACCGCGAUGCGCGUCGAGGAGGGCGUCCUGGUCGCGCUCGCGGACCGCCGGCGCGCGAUCGCCGCGCGCGAGAUACGCGCGGCGCCGCGGGGGUCGAAUCGCGGCGCGACGUCGACGGCGAAUCGCGGCCUCGGCGACGCCGACGGGUGGCUGCAGCUCUCGCCGGAGGAGGAGCGCGAGGUGGUGUAUCGCCGCGCGUGGCUGUGCUUCUUGUGGCUCAGAGCGCGCGCGGCUGGGCUCGAGCCCGGGCUCGCGGACGCGCGAUGCGAGCGGUGGCUGCCGAGGGCGCUCGCGGGGCCGGGGCGGAAAUUCGACGGCGCGAGGGAGGCGCUCGAGGUGGAGGCUGGGCUCGCGGAGCUGAGAGAGCUCGGCGUGGAGAGCGCGCUGUGGGAGAAGUCGCGCGUGGAGGCGCGGCCGGCGGCGAUAGAAGAAGUAGAAGACGCGGCGGCGGCGUAG